AUGUCUACGAUGGACCAGAUUUUCUCCGGCUACUACAAACGUCUGGAGACCCUCAAAUCCAGCAAAAGUCCCUUUGCCAAUGGCGUUGCCUGGGUGGAUGGCGAGCUAGUUCCCCUUCACGAGGCCCGCAUCCCCAUCACCGACCAAGGCUUCAUGCACAGCGACUUAACCUACGAUGUGCCGUCCGUAUGGGACGGGCGAUUCUUCCGUCUCGAGGACCAUCUCAACAGAUUAGAAGCGUCGUGUGCGAAAAUCCGUCUCCAAUUCCCUAUCCCGCGAGACCAGAUCAAGAAGACGCUAGUGGAGAUGGUCACCAAGAGCGAGAUUCGCGAUGCCUUCGUCGAAUUGAUCGUGACUCGGGGAUUGGUCCCCGUCCGCGAAGGCAAUCCUGACAGUAUGAGGAAUAAUCUCUAUCUCAUCGUCCAGCCGUAUGUCUGGGUCAUGGAUCCUGAGACCCAGAAGACAGGUGGGAGCUCUAUCAUCGCGAGGACAGUCCGCCGCGUGCCCCCUGGUGCGAUCGAUCCGACCGUGAAGAAUCUGCAAUGGGGUGAUUUGGUUCGAGGAAUGUUUGAAGCGAAGGAUCGUGGCUCGCAGUAUCCAUUCCUCACGGACGGCGAUACCAAUCUUACCGAGGGGUCUGGGUUCAAUGUCUUGCUGGUGAAGAAUGGUGUGAUCGUUACGCCCGACAGGGGUGUCUUGGAGGGGGUUACGCGCAAGAGUGUCUUUGAUGUUGCCGAAUCGAAGGGUAUCGAGGUGCGUGUGGAAAUUGUGCCAGUCGAGAUGGCCUACCAGAGUGAUGAGAUCUUUAUGAGUACUACGGCAGGUGGCAUCAUGCCGAUCACGGAGUUGGAUGGGAAGCAGGUUGGAGAUGGCAAGGUCGGAUCGAUUACGAGAGCGAUCUGGGAUGAGUACUGGGCUAUCCAUUAUGACCCAGCUUACAGUUUUGAGGUUAAUUACUGA